AUGAGCGUCCAGUACAUCCAAUACAAGGGGAUAAAGUUCCCCCCUGGAUAUAACUCUGUGCACAGUCUUUGCUUUGCUGAGAACAAAUUUGAAGUGAGGGAUGAUGAUAUCUUCAACGUCACUUACCCUAAGUCUGGAACGGUGUGGAUGACUGAGAUCCUCAGCCUCAUCCUCAGCGGAGGAGAUCCAACCUGGAAUCAAAGUGUUCUCAACUCUCUGCGAUCUCCUUGGUUCAGCACACGGCUGGGCCUGGAGACGGCACAUAAUUGCCCAUCUCCGCGCCUGCUCACCUGCCAUCUCCCCAUUCAGAUCUUCCCCAAAGCUUUCUUUAACUCCAAGGCCAAGCUGGUGUACACUUCACGGGACCCCCGCGAUGUUGUGGUCUCCUACUAUUACUUCACAAAGAUGUGCCGUACCUAUGAGGAUCCCAGAUCCUUCGACCAGUUCCUGGAGAGUUUCCUGAGCGGGGAUGUGCCUCAUGGAUCCUGGUUUGACCACCUCAAAGGCUGGAUGGAGCUGGAAGGCAGAAGCAACAUCUUCUUCAUCAGCUAUGAGGAGCUGAAGCAGAACCUGCAGGGAAGCGUGGGACGCCUCUGCCAUUUCCUAGGGAAGGAGCUGGACGACGCAGCCAUCACCUCGGUGGUGGAGAACACCUCCUUGGAAGCCAUGCAGAGGAAUAAGAUGUGCAACUCUACGAUGCUGCCCAAAGAGCUCAUGGACCAAGAGAAAGGGACCUUCCUCAGGAAGGGCGUCUGUGGGGACUGGAAGAACCAUUUCACGGUGGCCCAGUCCGAGUAUUUUGACAAGGUUUACCAGGAGAAGAUGCAGGGAGUGAAAGGAACCUUUCCUUGGGAACAAACUGGACUGGUGAAGCGCGUUUAA